AUGGAAAAUUUAGGUCAUUAUAUAUUAUCAAAAGGCGUUAUAGGGUAAACAAAACUAAUUUUUAUUUUAUAAAAUUAAAAAAAGAACAGUUGUAAGUACAUUCUUUAGGGAAAUAUAAGUAUUAGGAUUAGAAAAUAUUCCAAAAGUAUUUAAUAUUAAUAUUUUUAUAAUUUACAAAUAUGUUAUUAAAUUUUAAAGGACUAACCUUUGAUUAUCUGUAGCAACCAUAAUAACUAAUUUAUUGAUGCCCUUUUAAUUUGCAAUAAAAUGGAUAGACCUGUAAAAUUUAUUAUUGCAGCAAAGUCGACAAGAAGACCUAUUAUUGGAUAAGUAAGCAAGAUUUUAGGUGGUAUACCAGUUGAAAGGGCAUAAGAUUUAGCGAAAACUGGUAAAGGUAAAAUAAUUUUAAUUAAAGAUGGUUUUGUCAAGGGUGUAGACACCUAGUUUACAAAAGAUUUCUAAGUAGGAUAUAUAAUAUUUAUUAAUUAAAUUGGUAAAGAAUAUUUGAUUCAAUCCAUUAUUUCUGAUACAGAGUUAAAAAUAAAAUAAGAAAAUCCAGUUUCAGAUACAGAAGUAGAUUUUAAAUACUAAAUUAUUCCUAAAUUAGAUUAAUCUUAAAUGUAUGAUAAAGUAUGGGAUUCUUUAGUUAAGAAUGAAGUCGUUGGUAUAUUUCCUGAAGGAGGUUCACAUGAUAGGACUGAUUUUCUUCCUCUUAAGGCAGGAGUUUGCAUUAUGGCCUUAGGUGCCAUGGCUCAAUUUGGAAUUUAAGUUAAUAUAGUUUGUUGCGGACUUAAUUAUUAUAACUGUGAUAAAUUUAGGUCUAAAGUAAUUAUGGAGUUUGGAGUUCCUUAUUUGAUUCCUAAAGAAUAAGCUGAAUUAUAUAAAACAAAUAAAAGAGAAGCUAUUAGCAGUCUUUUGCAUGAAAUUUAAAAUAGACUUAAGGAUGUGACAACUUCAGUACCUAGUUAUAAUGAAUUAAUGCGUAUUUAUAUGGCUAGAAGAAUUUAUUAUCCUGAAAAUAGAGAAUUGACACCAAAAGAAGAAUUAGAAUUGAACCGAAGAUUUGCUAAAGGGUAUUCUGAAAUGUCUGAUAAAAAAGAAGUAAAAUAAUUAUUUAAUAAAAUUGGUGAAUAUAGGAGUUAUUUGAAAAUUUCUGGCAUGGAUGAUUAUUAAAUAAGACAUUAUAAUAAUUAGUUUUCUCAUAAUUUAUCUGUUGCAAUUUAUUCAAUUUUUAUGAUUAUUAUUUAUUUAUUAUUCUCAUUACCUGGAAUGGUUUUAAAUACUCCAUUUGGAAUUUUAUUAAAUUAUUUGUCAGAAAAAGAAAGGAUUAAAGUAUAAUUUUAUAAUUAUUAAAUAUAUAAAUAAAAAAAAAUAGUGCUAAAUUGCUUCUAAAGUUAAAAUUUUAGGAAAAGAUGUUGUUGCAAGUUAUAAAGUAAUGAUUGCUUUUGUCGUUUUUCCAUUUUCUGCUUUAUUAAUGACUUUAUUAUUUUGCUUUUUCUUUAUUCCUAAUUUUUUACCAUUUCUUUUGCAUAUAAGAUACAAAAGUUCAUUAAUAUUCCUAAUUUUAUAUCCAAUAAUAUAUUUAUAUGAUGGUAAAAUACACUGAUAGAUUAUUCAUGCACUACAAAAAUUUAAAAGCAAAUGUAACUAUUUUGUUUAACAAUUAACAAUACAAAAAUUUGGUAGCAAUAAGAUAAAAUC